CCGCGCCGAGCCCCUGCCGCUCGGGGCAGACGAUGCUGAAGAUGCUCUCCUUUAAGCUGCUGCUGCUGGCCGUGGCUCUGGGCUUCUUUGAAGGAGAUGCUAAGUUUGGGGAAAGAAGCGAAGGGAGCGGAGCGAGGAGGAGAAGGUGCCUAAAUGGGAAUCCCCCGAAGCGUCUGAAAAGGAGAGAUAGGCGGAUGAUGUCCCAGCUGGAGCUGCUGAGUGGGGGAGAGAUGCUGUGCGGUGGCUUCUACCCUCGGCUGUCCUGCUGCCUGCGGAGUGACAGCCCAGGGUUGGGGCGCCUGGAUAACAAGAUAUUUUCUGUUACCAACAACACAGAAUGUGGGAAGUUACUAGAGGAAAUCAAAUGUGCGCUUUGCUCUCCACAUUCCCAGAGCCUGUUCCACUCACCUGAAAGAGAAGCCUUGGAAAGAGACCUUGUACUUCCCCUGCUCUGCAAAGACUAUUGCAAAGAAUUCUUUUAUACUUGCCGAGGCCAUGUUCCAGGUUUCCUUCAAACUACUGCUGAAGAGUUUUGUUUUUACUAUGCAAGAAAAGAUGGUGGGUUGUGCUUUCCAGAUUUUCCAAGAAAACAAAUCAGAGGACCAGCAUCUAACUACUUGGACCAGAUGGAAGAAUAUGACAAAGUGGAAGAGAUCAGCAGAAAGCACAAACACAACUGCUUCUGUAUUCAGGAGGUUGUGAGUGGGCUGCGCCAGCCUGUCGGCGCCCUGCAUAGUGGGGAUGGCUCGCACCGUCUCUUCAUUCUGGAAAAAGAAGGUUACGUGAAGAUACUUACCCCUGAAGGAGAAAUUUUCAAGGAGCCUUAUUUGGACAUUCACAAACUUGUUCAAAGUGGAAUAAAGGGAGGAGAUGAAAGAGGUCUGCUAAGCCUUGCAUUCCAUCCCAAUUACAAGAAAAAUGGAAAGCUCUAUGUGUCUUAUACCACCAACCAAGAACGGUGGGCUAUCGGGCCUCAUGACCACAUUCUUCGAGUUGUGGAAUACACAGUAUCCAGAAAAAAUCCCCAUCAAGUUGAUUUGAGAACAGCCAGAGUAUUUCUUGAAGUCGCAGAACUCCACAGAAAGCAUCUAGGAGGGCAACUGCUCUUUGGUCCCGAGGGCUUUUUAUACGUCAUUCUUGGUGAUGGGAUGAUCACACUGGAUGAUAUGGAAGAAAUGGAUGGUUUAAGUGAUUUCACAGGUUCGGUGCUCCGGCUGGACGUGGACACGGAUAUGUGCAACGUGCCUUAUUCCAUACCACGGAGCAACCCGCACUUCAACAGCACCAACCAGCCCCCGGAAGUGUUUGCCCACGGCCUGCAUGAUCCAGGCAGAUGUGCUGUGGACCGACAUCCCACUGAUAUAAACAUCAAUUUAACAAUACUUUGUUCAGACUCCAAUGGAAAGAACAGAUCAUCAGCCAGAAUCCUACAGAUAAUAAAAGGGAAAGAUUAUGAAAGUGAGCCAUCACUUUUAGAAUUCAAGCCAUUCAGUAAUGGUCCUUUGGUUGGUGGAUUUGUUUACCGAGGCUGCCAGUCUGAAAGACUGUAUGGAAGCUAUGUGUUUGGAGACCGUAAUGGGAAUUUCUUAACCCUCCAGCAAAGUCCUGUGAGCAAGCAAUGGCAAGAAAAACCACUCUGUCUCGGCAACAGUGGUUCCUGUAGAGGUUACUUUUCAGGUCACAUACUGGGAUUUGGAGAAGAUGAAUUAGGUGAAGUUUAUAUUCUAUCAAGUAGUAAAAGUAUGACCCAGACUCACAAUGGAAAACUCUACAAAAUUGUAGAUCCCAAAAGACCUCUAAUGCCUGAGGAAUGCAGAGCCACGGUACAACCUGCGCAGACGUUGACUUCGGAGUGUUCCCGGCUCUGUCGGAAUGGCUACUGUACCCCCACGGGCAAGUGCUGCUGCACCCUGGGAUGGGAAGGGGACUUCUGCAGAAUCGCAAAAUGUGAGCCGGCAUGUCGUCAUGGAGGUGUCUGUGUUAGACCGAACAAGUGCCUCUGUAAAAAAGGAUAUCUCGGUCCUCAGUGUGAACAAGUGGACAGAAACAUUCGCCGAGUGACCAGGACAUCACCUAGAUGAAACACCUUUGCCCUGUCCUGUAAAAUACUAAAGUUUACAUUUUUCACCAACUUAAUUGGAAAGAAGGGGAGUGAGAAAGCAAACAGUCUUUAAUGUGCUGUGGAUCUAAUCUAGCAAUGUAUCCUUGUGCCAACAUGUAAUCAUUAACGACGGAUGAAAAAGCAAGAAAACAGCCAAUCCUUAUAAAAUUCCAGCAUUAAACAUAUGUAAAGUGCAUAGCAAGACUGUCAGUGUAUAUGUGAUUAGAAUGUUGCAGAUUUCACACUGAACGAACCUCACUGGAGAAGCGCUCACUCGUUUUGAACAAAUCUUGGCUAUGUAAGCUGUCACUUGUACAAAUUUUUUAAAUAAUAAUUCUUGCCAAAUAUGGUUUUUAAUGUAUAUGUUCCUUUAGAACUCAAUGAAAAUCCUCUUUGGUUAAUGUAUGAAUAAAUUUCUGUAAAUGUUCUGUUCAGGUUUUUAAAGAAAUUGCCAUGUUUUAAUUUAAAGCAGCAAAAAGUCUGAUGGACAUUUUUCUUAAUGGUUUUUGAGGCCAGCUCUCCACAUUCGGAUCAUAACAAAAUUAUAAGGCCUCUUUGCACUACGGAGAAAACAUCUAUUGUGAUGUGCACACCCACUCUAGGUUGUCCUAUAAACAUCUGUUCUUCCAGAAUCUAAACUGGAGACUAGUGUAGAUUAUGCAGCAUAGGCUGACUUUCCAAACCUGCUCCUUACCUAUAGGAAUAUGAACCUCAAUUAAAAAGAAUAAAAUCGUGUAGCUAGUAUUUCUCUAUUGUUUUAAGGCGAGAGAUUUUCAAUUAAAGCACAGUGAGCAUUUAUGUAGAAAGGUUGUUUAAGUACACUGCUCUUGUCUUCCAUAUAUGAUUACUUAAGUUUCAAGUGACCUCAUGCCAAAUGGAAAUGGGUUGAGAAACCUUGGUUCAGUGCUUAGUGAACAAUAGCCUGCAUUAAAAAGUGCAUGCAUAAUUUUGCACAAUUUAGAUUCAAUUGACAGUCUAUUCAAAGAAGUCUCAGGAUUAAAUGAGCAUGGAGACCAAAUUGCCCUCUUACCCCAGAAAAGGGGUGGUCCCUUCCAGUCACACUAACACUUCAUUGGCCCAAGAGUGUGACAAAUCUUGCCAUGAACCUGCAGUAGCCUGCAUCUGGAGGUUAAUAGCAGUCUUUUGUCUCCGUUGCUUUCUCUUCGUAGCCCUUUUACUGAAUUCCAUCACAGAAAGUUUUACAAUUAAAAAAAAAAAAAAAAUGUCCUGACAACCAUUUUUGUAAAUGGACCUUACCAUCUAAUCGUCCCUUAUUCAAUGUGGGUGACAUUAACAAAAUGUGAACUUCUGGUGAGGGAGCCAGCUGUCUAAAUCUGUCAAAUUGUGCAGUUUUAUUACACACUCUCCUGUUCAUAGUUUCACUGAAAACAAUAAGGACACUGCUAUAGAUUCAGCAAAAUCUGAAAAAUCCGAGGUUUCUUCUUACACAAUCCUUCCAUCUCUUCCAAAAGAAUCUCUCCAAAAGGAAAGGUGUUAUAUUGCCAUUUGUCCUCCUAUUUAAAAAUAUCUAUAUUAAAUUGACCAGGCCCAGACUUUUUACACAGUCCUUUCCCAAGUGAAAGAGUUUCAGAUGUCUUAGAAAAACAUAUGUACCCCAGGUGUCACUGCCUUUUCUAUUGUGAGUCAUUAGAAUAAAAGAGCAAAACCUUCUAAAAGAGAAGAUAGCAAGAUCCGUGGAUAUUAAGUCCGAGCAAAGAAAGUCAAGUCGUUGGGAGUCAUUUCUUUCUCUUCUCGGGAGAGACGUAAAGAGCAGUGGCUAAUUGAUGGCUACAAAUUUUAAACUCUGUGAUCAUUUCAAAAACAAUCUUUUGACCUUUUUGUUUUCAAUCAAAUUUUUAAACUAUGUGACUGGAGAAUUAUCUUAAAUGCUCCAUGAAAGGCAGGUAGGAAUUGGUUCCAAGUAUGAGCCAGGGAGCAGUGAUUGUUUUGUCAUGCGAAUGGCAACAUCUACUUGGUUCUUAAUGCACACAAUCAGAAUGGAGAAAAAUGUCCUUGGCAUGAAUGCAGAUUUGUGAGAUAAAGAUAAAAUAAAGAGAUAGAAAAAUGUACGGUUAUCCCUUUGUCCAUUCUGGAGCUUAAGCUUUGGGUGUCAAUUUAAUGUGAAGGGCUGUUAGGGUAGUUAUAAAAGGUUGGAGAAAAACUCUCUACCGCCGCUUUUGCCAAACUCUUGUCCUGGUUAAUAGAACCUGUUUUCCUUGCCAGUUAGUUAAGGUAAUGAGAAAAAAACUGAAUUGGCACAUCAUUAAACUGAAAAGAAGGAAAGACUUAAAAAAAAAAACAAAAAAAACUUUGUGUGAUGAUAAAAAGUUCCAUCCAUACCUUUUCUUCUUGGAAUUUUUUUUCAGUGUGGCUAUUGUAAAAUAUUUUAUCACAAAGAAUACUCAGAAGUCUUCUCAGAUUAAUGGACUAUAUCAUAAGGAACAGAAAAACCUACACAUACCAAAUACACACUCAACCUAAAUAGAAAACCAUUCCCUUUUUCAUUUAUAUACUUCAGAGCAGGCACCUCUUCUCUACUGAUUUCUUCGAAAACGAUUACAUACCAAUUUAUUAACAACUUUAAUAUGUUUCUUUUGAUAUUGCUUUUAUCUCUGUAUCAUAAACUGUAUAACAAGCCUACCAGGCGUAAGACACGAGGUUAGAUGUUGCAUCUAGGGUCUUUCAAAGUACACAUUAACUUAAACUUAAUUAUUAGUCUAACAUUCUUAACUUUGAGACAGAAAACAGAAGCCAAACCCAACUUUUUAAGUGGAAAAAUAAGGUAUACCAUAGGCAGAUGUAGUCGGCUGAUCAAUAAAUUAGUUUCUUAUGACUCUAUAGAAUGUUACCUAUAGUAUUUAUCUCUACCCCCACCUCUGUCUCUAUCUCUCUCUCUUCUCCCACCCACCCCCAAUGUAUCCUUCUUCCAUUUAACCUCUUCCUUCUCUUCCAUUUCUAUUGGUUUUGACUAAACAGAUAGGUCCUCGGUACACCCAUAAUGAAGAUGUACUGUGGCAGGUUGUGAUUGAUUUUGCUCAUUAUGGCCUUUUCUUUAUUUUCCUAAAGAUACCCUCUCCCAACAUCACAUUUGCUCAGACGCUAUAUCAUGAAGAACGGUAGACAAGUAUGAAUAUACUAGAUUGAUCUGUUACAAUUACUGAAAGAAAAAACCAAAAGCAUAAAUGACCAUGAGCCUGGAUGCUCCAGUUCGGCUUGUGUGCCAUCAUUCAUAAACAGGAAAACAUAAAGAAUAUCCCAGACAAGAGCUUGAGCUAACAGCAGGAAAAGUUAGUAACCAUUUCCUAUUCCGGCAUGACCAUCUCUAUGGAGUCUAUUUUGAAGAGGAUUAUUCCAAAUCUCUUCUUUGCCCACCUCUGGGAUGAGACUUGAACUUGCAGAGAAAUCAGACCAAAGUUCCAUGCCCAGAAAAUGUACAUAUUUCUGUGUCUGCCGUAGGAAGUUAGUGGGCCCAUUAUUGUGAAUGCUGGUAUACUUUUAGGAAGUUCCUCUAGAAUAUCCUAAAGAAACAUGUUUACUAUCUUACAUUCUUUCUCUUCAUCACGCUAACCCAAAUUAGUCAUGCCUCCAGUAAUUAAUGAUGUCAAAGAAGGUGGAAACCUAAGAACAGAAGCAUUUCGAUAUUAAAAAUACUAAAAACACGACCAUAAGACCUGCCAAACACUAAUCCUAGCGAACUUCAGCACUUCUUUCUCUUAAAUGUCUUCUCAUAAGUUUUGGAAAUUGUUCUAAAAUCGCUGUUUAGAAGAACAAGCUGUAUCCAAGAGAGCAUGAGUGCUGUCGUGCCAUGUUCUUCUCAAGCAGAGCGGUACCUUCCCCAGCUGCUAUGAAGAGGUGUAUUCCUCUAUCGGAGCAGCACUUUCCUUAAAAUCUCCAAUUACAUAUGAGCCCAAGAGACACCCAUCACUUACCUUGCAUUCUUUUGUAAAGGUCAUAUAUAAGUGGGUUGAAAAAAUAAAAUAUAAAUAAUGGAUUCCUCGUACCAACAUAAAGCCUUAGGCCUAAAACUUGUUAUUGCUUUUUUUUCUUGCCAGACUACACAUUGACUUACCAAAAAAAAAAAAAAAAGGUAUCAAUUCAACAUGAAUUCUAAAGUUGUACCUCAUUGUAUAUCACAAAGUCAGACAUCAAGUUUCAGUCGGGGUAUUUUUUUGCAUCUAUUAUAUAUUACUUAAAAUCAAAAUACAUGUAUAAACAUGCAUGCAAAUUAACAAAUGUUUGGGGAGUUAUCUCAAUUGACUAUAACAUUUGAAGUUAAAAUACACAUUUUAGCACAUAGGAUAGAAAAAACAACAUUAACACUGAUGGGAAAUUCAUAAAGGAUAAAUUUAAAAUAAGCUUUGUCUUCACAGAAGCUAAUUCCUGUACAUUUCCUUUUGCACUAAAAAACUACUAGCCAAUACUUUCCAUUCACAUGAAAAAUUUGUUGUCAGGUUUGACAUAGCCUCUGCCCAAAAUGUAUGUUGGAUAUUUCUUUACCUCAUUCUUAAAAUCUGAGACAUGCUUUUCCUAGAAUAAAUGAAGAUUUCAUGCAUAGUAGAAUCUAAUACUAUUAAUACAUCAAUAUAUUCUAUUCAUUAUACUAUUGAGAAAUUGAAUUGACAACGUAUGGAAAGUCAAGUAUUUUCCAUCUCUCAUAUUCACAGGACAUUUUUGGAGCAAGAACCACGUAGUAGCAAGGUAAAUGAUACAAAGGUACUAUGGAAUUUGGGGGUGGGGGGCUUGAUUCCCUAGGCCAUGUUAAAGAAGACUAUUAAUUUGAAAGAAACCCAUCUAAUUCAAAUGAAAGAAUUAUCAAAUCGUUAUCAUCGAUAAGCAUAAAAGGUAUCUGAAAAGAAACUCCUGUGUCUUUCCUGGCUUUAUCUGUGAUUAACUUUGUCCACUUUUAAAGAAUAGUUAACGUUAUCAUUCUUUCAACAUGUGUUAGUUUUCCUAGCUGUUCAUUUUCCUCUGAGUUGUGGACAAAUGGGACAAUUUGUCCAUAACCUUAUUCACAAAAGAUUCCAGAACAAAUCCUUGCUUGAACUUCUGUCAAGAGGUGGAAAGCUGUGGGAGCAAGUAGCGAAAGCAGGUACAUGUUGGAGGAGCAGGUACUAGUUGGGAUUCCUAUAAAUGUGCUUCUGAAGAGUAACAUGCAAAGCCAUUGGCUCAGAUAAUCCCUCUAAAUUUGACUUAACCUGAUUUAUUUAACCCAGUUGUUAUAACAUGCAGUUCUCUUUGAUCAAGCCUCUAUUAUUCAGCUAUCCUUCCAUCCAUUAAUUCCACAAAUAUUUAUUGAAGUGCCUAGCAUAAUUAUGUGCUAUAGAAAAGGCAAGGAUGUUUACUAUGGGGGAUUGUGAGCCCAGUGGGUAUGAUGAACAUGUUUGAAGCAAAAGACAAUAAUCACACCCAACCAGCUCCAAUUCAGCUCAACUUUAGAAUCCAACCAAUAAUAGUACAGAUGGCCUAAAGUACAUCUGUGUGUAUCUGUAUGUGUGCACACACCCAUGUAUAUAUAUUUAUCUAUCUGUACAAACACUACAUAUGUAUACACACUAUCUAUGUAAUAUAUAAUAUAUGUAUAAUGCAUAUAAAUUCUAACAAGUGUAUUUGUGUUAUCUUUAAAAUAGAACGAUUGUAUCUUGAAGUGGUAAAUGCAGAGAAUUGGUUUUUAUUGUUGAUCUGUGGAUUUAAUGAUUUUUAGGUGAAAAGGAUGUUUAAGUGUACAAUUUCUUUUCUUAAUUUAAUAUAUUUAUGUAAAUGCAUGCCUGAAAUUUGGUUAGAUUGGCUGUGUUUUGUGUCCUUUAACAUGAUCAAAUGUAUUAAACUUUAUCUUAUGACCUGAUGUACAUGUGCUAUUCUAAAAUUCUUUUUUAUUUUAGUAUAUAAAAGUUUUUCCUAAAUAUUC